CUCUCACCCCAACCAAAAUCGCGGGAAUCACUCCCGCUGAAAUCUCAUCUGGUGAAACCCUCCCCUCACUCCCACUCACUCCCGAAACCCUGUGGCCUCUGCACGUUCUCUCCCUCGCUCCCGAAACCCUUGGCCUCUGCACGAUCUCUCCCUCACUCCCUCCCGAAACCAAUCCCCGUUCUCUCAUUCAACAAAGCCUCUGCACAUUCGACAAGGAGAAGACGAUAUUCUUGAAGAGUAGAUCAAGGGGAAGACGAUAUUCGACUGGGGAAGAUGAGGGGAAGACGAUAUUCGACUGGGCAGAUGCCACCUUAUAUGCAGUACCCUCCGUCGAGUAAUCCGGAGGACUUGAGACAAGAAAUGCACCCUACGUCAACUGUGCCAACUAGUACAGAAUUUGAAGAAAAUGUUGAAAGUACAUCACGGAUGACUGAUCAAAGUUGUCAUGCUACUAAUGAAAUGUUAUUCGACAUGGAUGAAGAUUUAGAGGAUACCACUGUUGUUCCAGAUGAUGAGGUACGAGUUGAAGUACCAAAAUCCGGUAUGGAAUUUGAGAGUGAGAAAGAGCUUACGGCCUACUAUAAGCGAUAUGCCAAGCAAGAGGGUUUUGGUGUAAGGACACAGAGGACUAAGAAAGAUGAUGAUGGGAGGCCUGUGUAUGUGACCAUUGGUUGUGCCCGUGGCGGAAAGUACCAACCUAAGCACAGUAAUAUCUCAAGGCCACGGCCAACAACUAAAACAGAUUGUAAGGCGAAGGUAAAUGCUACAUUGAACAAGAAUAAUAAAUGGGUUUUCACCACUGUUGAAAAUGCACACAACCACAGUAUUGUGAGUCCCAAGAAUAGGAGACUCUUGCGAUCUCACAAGUGUUUAGACGAAUAUAGUCAAAGGAUCCUCAACAUGAAUGAUAGAGCUGACAUUCGAAUGAACAAGAAUUAUUAUUCUUCUGUCGUUGAUGCGGGUGGUUUUGAGAAUCUUGAUUUUCAAGAGAAAGAUUGUCAGAAUUUUAUUGACAGGGCUAGAUCUUUAAGGUUGGGUAAAGGAGGUGGUGAAGUACUUAAUGAAUAUUUCCAGAGAAUGAGAGAUCAGAAUGAUGGUUUCGUUUCUUUCAUGGACAUUGAUGAUGAGGGAAGGUUACGGAAUGUGUUUUGGGCUGAUGCACGAAGUCGAGCAGCUUAUGAGUAUUUUGGAGAUGUUGUAACUUUUGAUACAACGUACCUAACAAAUAGGUAUGGGAUGCCUUUUGCUCCAUUUGUUGGUGUUAACCAUCAUGGGCAAUCCAUACUACUAGGGGUGGGGUUGCUGUCAAGCGAGGACACACAUACCUUUGUUUGGUUGUUCCGAAUGUGGUUGUACUGCAUGAAUGGUCGAGCGCCCAAAGCCAUCAUAACCGACCAAGACCAGGCAAUGAAGAACGCAAUUGCAAUUGUAUUUCCGGAAACUCGUCAUAGAUAUUGUCUAUGGCAUAUAAUGCGCAAACUUUCAGAAAAGUUAGGAUCUCACUCUCAAUUCAGCUCAGGGUUAAAGACCUCCAUUCAGGCUGCAUUGUAUGAUUCACAGACCUGCACAGAAUUUGAGGAGAGAUGGGGUCAACUACUUGAUAAGUAUGAUCUCAAAGGCAAUAAUUGGCUCCAGUCCUUAUAUCACGAAAGGACUUUUUGGGUUCCGGUUUACUUGAAGGAUGUAUUUUGGGCUGGUAUGAGCACAACACAACAGUCAGAAAGCAUGGAUGUUUUUUUCGACGGGUAUGUCCAUUCUGGUACUACCUUGAAGGAAUUCGUCGAUCAAUUCGAUAAUGCUUUAAGAAAGAUGGUGAAGGUAGAGACAACGGCUGAUUACAACUCCAGCAAUCAAAAGAUCCCCUGUGUUUCCCCUUUUAGCUUUGAGAAGCAGUUUCAGAAGGUAUUCACAAAUGCAAAGUUUAAAGAGUUCCAAAAAGAGUUGAUGGGUCUAAUGUGUUGUAAUUGCACACUGGUAAGUAAGGAGGGGUGCAUUUCAACUUUCGAUAUCUUGGAUGAAAUAUCUAUUGAUGACUGCACAAAAACAAUCCACUACACACUUGACUAUAAUGAAGAGGAGUGCGAGUUAAAAUGCGCAUGUGCAUUGUUUGAGAUGAGGGGAAUUCUAUGUAGGCAUGCACUUAGAGUUUGUCAAUUGAAGAAGAUUAAUGUGCUGCCAGAUAGAUAUGUCUUGGAUCGCUGGAGGAAGGAUGAGAAGAGGAGAUACACAUUGAUCAAAAGUAGUUAUGAUGACUUGCGGGUCAGUGGAGACGCACAGAGGUAUGAUGUGGUGGUUAAAAGAUGCAUGAAAUUAGCAACAAAAAUAUCAUCAAGUGAUGAGCGUGUCAAUGCAUUCCUCUGCUAUGUCGAUGAGUUUGAUUCAAAAUGUGACGAUUUAACAUUCGGGUCAAAAUCCGAAUCAACGAAGGUCGGAUCAAACGUAGUCGUCGAUAAGGGUAAGAAGAUAUUAAGCCCCCACGUCGUUUGAGGGAAAGGGAGACCCGCAACUAAGAGAAAGGUUAUGCCUGUGGAGAAGAUGUCAACGAAAAGUAAGAAGAAAGAGGCUUGUAGGAAAAUUUUUUAUGAUGAAACACAAGUGGGUGACAUCCCGGUAUCUCAACUUGACCAGUUUCAUGAGAGGGUUGGUGUUGGAACACAAAACAGCAUUGUUGCACAAUCAAUGCCAUCAGGAAAGGAGAAAUGUAGUAUUGUUUGGGAGCUUCGAGUGGUGGGCUGGGAGGUGAGCUAUGGUGCUGAAUUUCUGCCUACAGCCGAAGAUAGAUAUACUGUUAUCAUACAGAAAGCCACGAAGAAGGCCCCAAGUGAUGAACCAGUGGUGAGCAACAGCUUUAAAGUUGGUGAACUAGGAGAAAUACUGCUCACCCCCAACCUCAAAAAAGAAGCGGCUUGUUUACAGGUUCAAGAUCAAGUCCUUCAUAGACCGAGGAUCAGCUCAAAGCACUAAGAAAGUUCCUCUUGCUGCCUAGGGAUGGAUUAAGUAAAAGGUUUGGAUUGUCGUUAUUUCAAUAUUCGUAUGCUGAUUGAACAUUUCUGCUUGAUCACUGUGCCCGCAAACUUUUCCUUUUCUCUCCCUUUCCCUUUCUUAUGGUUGUUUAUGAAUGAUUUUGAAAAAUAACCCACUGAUUUACCAGUAAUGGCUCUACAAUGGGUGGCUACAACUCUUAACUAUGGUGCUGGAAUGACAGAGGAUUCAUUGAAGAUGUUACUCUUUUUGCAAAGAUUUUAAUUGGAUCUCAAAAUGUUCAUUCAUGUUAUGUAUUUAGAUAGCCUCAGUAUUUGUAUAACUGGAAUGAUUUUAAGUUAUGGGAAUCUAUUCUUGUACUUGAUGGCA